GACAAUUGAUAUUGAAUUAUUGGAAAAUCGUCGUGAAUUAGCUAAUCUAAUUAAAAAUCUUCAUCUUGCUGAAUUAAUGCAUCAUCGUUUUACCAAUCUUACAUGGUCUGAACGACGUAAUCGUUGGCAAAUCAUAAAUAUCAAUAAAGCUGUACAUAAUUUUCGAAUUUGUCUUAAUGAUGAGAAAUUCCGGUAUCCUAUUGAUGUCAAAAUAAAGAUAAAUGAUUUAACAACAAACAUAACUGAAUUUGAAAAGCGAAAAGAUAAUCUGAUCAAUGAAUUAUGUGAAAAUUUGGUACCAUCAAAUAAUAUGGAAGAAUUUCUAGAAAAUUGGGAUAUUAAAAUUAAACAGUUAUUUACUGAAUGGGCAUUGUUUCUCAUGGUGUUUAUCUAUAUGGUUAAAUGAAUGUAUUCCAUCAUUAUUAAAAUUUAGUCAAAUCCUAAUUCAAUUAUGGCAAUUCUAUGCUCAUCUACCUAUUGUUCAUUUAAAAAAUGAAUUAAAUUUUAAUUUACUGAAUAUAAAACAAGUAGUAUAUGAUGAAAUUUUUAAAAAAGAUGAAUUAAUUAAUUCAUUAAUUGAUUUAUUAAGACAAAGUUCAACAGAACAAAUAAUUAAUGAAAAAUUACAAGAAGUAAUUAAUUUAUUCAAUGAAAUUAGUGUAAAUUAUUAGGUGAACAAUUUCAAGAUUAUCUUGGCAUCGCUCAACACAUCAUCCAUAAAUUAUACUCUCACUUGAAAUCUUUCACUUCAUAUUCAAAUUCAAUUGAAAUAUGCUUCCAUUGAAUACUUCAAUUUCUGUGUGCUGUGCUAUGCUGUAGUAUGGUG